CAAAGUAGUUUCAGUUUCGAUAUUGCAUUUUUACUCCUGGUCUGUCAAAGUAGUCUUGAUCUUUACACCGUAGCGGUAACAUGGAGGAAAAUAUUCGUAAAUAUAUCAACAGGCACAGAAUUGAAUUUUUAAAUUCUUUACCUACGGAACAGUUUUUGGAAGGUUUUCCAGGACUUCAUCAAUACAAGAGAGUAAGAUUUAGUCAGUAAGAAUUUUGUUGAAGUUGAAGUGAAAUUAUUUAAUCAAUUAAUGAAUUUUUUUAGUGUUACAGUUACUGAGUUAUCCAUUUAAUUUUAAUAACUUAGUAAUUAAGUAAUUAUAAUUAACUCUUAUUCUUAUUCUUAUGCAUACAUCACAUGACAUACAUUACUUACAUGAUAUAAUUAUUUAUGAUAUAAUAGUCUAAGUCUAGUUUAGUUGAGUCUAAGUCACUUUUAAUUUUUUUAAUUUUAAGCUACUAGUACUAGCGUAUUCUAAAAUUUACUUUUGUGCUCAGACUCAGCAAUACAUUAUUAAGUUUAUUAAAUUACAGUUAGUGUAGCUUACCUUUUUGAUCAUUAAUAAUAUAACUAAAGCAAAAUAACGCUACUAUAAAGUAAAGUAAUUAAUUUAACUUAAUAUAAAUUAAUAUAAAGUAUAAUAAAGCCUUAGCUUUUGACAAGUAAUUAGUUAGUUAAGUGGUAUUGGUUACUUUCCAACUGUAACUAUUAUAAUUAUAGUUAUAAGUUAUAACAUAGUAUGACCAUCAGUAUAGAUAGGUCUAUUUUAAUUUUAGUCUGUAACUGUAAGUAAAUACAGGCCCACACCUGGGGGGUUGGGGGGGGGGGAGGGAAACGACAACCAUGACACUUGUCAGAGUCCCGAGGCAGAUUAGGGGCCCUCCCUUUUUCUAAUUUUUAAAAUAUACACACAUGUUUGAAACGUGAAAGGGGCCCGAACUCUGUCAGCUGCCUUAGGCCCAGAAUUUCCUAGGUGUGGGCCUGGUAGCUAGGUCUUAAAACAAUUUCAAAACAACACAAGACAUAUCAUGAGUAAAAGUAAAGAGCAAAUUAAAAUCUACUCUAAUACUCUUUAAAAAUUACACUGAAGACAAUACAAUUGUAUACCAUUAUUUGUCUACACCUGGUAAUUUAACAAGUGAUUUCCAGGCAUCAUGAUAUAUUCUCCAUCUUCAAUUUGGUCCCAUAUUAUUUGUAUCUGCCUUCAUGACAAAUCUCCAGGUGGCCUAUUCCAGCUUGUUUUACUCUGCCCUGGAAAGGAUUCCUGCUGGUUUUAUGGCAAUUGAUUAAACUAUGUCUAUUGUCUUUGGUGAAUAUCUUUAACUAUGUUCCACAAAAUAUUAUCUGGGAAAUUCUACAAGAAAAUUUCCUUAGGUAGCAAGUUAUACUCUUUUUAACAUUAGCUUCUAAAUUGGCUAUCUUUAAAUUUUUAUAAAUAAUAAACCAAAUGCUUCAGUAUACAAUAAUUAUACUUUUCAUUUAAAAAAUCCCUUAGUUCAGAGCUCCUUUGGAGGAAAAGGACAGAGUUUAUUUUGAACACCUACAGAUGAUGAAAGCAUGUUGAGGAAAUGGAACAGUCAUAAGCUUAUUGCCAAGCUGUCAAACUUGAUAAAUUAUAUAUACAACAGAUUUUAUUCAGUGUAAAUUAGACAAGUUGCAUGGUUAGAAGUAAAUUGAUUUGCUGAUUGUACUUAUUUAAAUUAAAAUCUUCAGCAAAUGUAUCAGAAUAUCCUCUGUCAUGAUUUCAGAACUUAGUUAACAUUUUGCUAUGUUAAUUUUGCACAUCAAAAAAAAAACAACAAAUUAUACGUUUGAUGAAACAAUUUAAUAAACAAAUAUGUAUGUAAAUCAUUAGAUUAAAUGCUUGGGCCUAAUAUGUUAAAGAGGAAAAAGUUUUGUCUCAUUUUAAAGCAUGUUUUGUUUACAAAAACUAAGCAGCGCAAAAGGGGGGGGGGUGUAAAAUAUUUUUUUCAGAAACAUGCAACUUUUCCCAAAGUAAUACACAAAGGAGUAUUGUGUUAAUGUUAGCACUGAUAAUGUUGAUAGGCAAAUAUGGUUAAUAAAAGAUGGCGUGUCGCUGGAGUCUGGAAAGGGUUUAGGUGUGUAGGGCAUGAAAAUUUUUUGUGGAGCAUUGUCUUUGAUUACUCAUAUUCAGAUUGCUACAAAAUUAUUGAAGAAUAUCAUCUUGUAUCUCAUAUCUUUUACUAUCUGAGACAGAAAUGGCAUUUAUUAUACUUGAAUAUAUUUGUAUAAAAAAGUAGAGAUUACAGAUGGACCUCAUUCUCUUUUAAUUACAAAUUGAGCUAAAUUUCAUUUAGCAAAUAUUUUAGGCUAUCCACAAUUGUCGUCAAGCAUCUGGGAGCAGCCGGGGGGGGGGGGUGGUGGGGGGUGACACAAAAUCAAAAACUAACCAGCGCAAAGGGGGGGGGGGGGGUAAAAUAUUUUUUUCAGAAACAUGUAUCUUUUCUCAAAGUAAUACACAAAGGAGUAUUUUGUUAAUGUUAGCACUGAUAAUGUUGAUAGGCAAAUAUGGUUAAUAAAAGAUGGUGUGUCGCUGGAGUCUGGAAAGGGUUUAGGUGUGUGGGGCAUGAACAUUUUUGUGGAGCAUUGUCUUAGAUCACUCAUAUUCAGAUUGCUACAAAAUUAUUGAAGAAUAUCAUUUUGUAUCUCAUAUCUUUUACCAUCUGAGACAGAAAUGGCAUUUAUUAUACUUGAAUAUAUUUGUAUAAAAAAGUGGAGAUGGACCCUCAUUCUCUUGUAAUUUCAAAUUGAGCUAAAUUUCAUUUAGCAAAUACUCUUCCUCCCUCAUGAUACAACUUAUCAUAUAAAAUCCUUGCUACCAAAUAAAUUGUAGUAUAUUAAAUAUUGGUGCUUUCUAAUUAUUAAAAAAAAAAACUUUAGAAAGAAAAUGUUCCCAAAAUAUUUCAUUGCAUAAAUCAAGAGUCUCUGAAAUUGACUUUGUGCAGGCCUACUUUAGGCCUAUAACUAUAAUAUGAAUUAAAAUUUUCCUUAAAACUUUAUUGUAUUUUAACCCUUUCCGCCGCAACAUAUUAUAUACCCUGUCCCUCAUCACUGGGUGUAGUAUGCCCGUACACCUAUUAUAAUGGGAAAAAGUGUUUCUGGUGAUUCCUGGCCACUGGGUAGGUUACACCCAUAGUCUUAUAUUACAGUAAAUGGCUCUUUUUAUGUUAUUUUCUUUUUUUACUAUGUGGCAUGAUUUAGUUGCCUUGUAAGCAAACUCCCUUCACAGAUCAAGUAGUUUCUCCCACUGAUGCAUUUGUUCUGUAAAUUAAUGAAAAAUACAAACAAUAGCUGCACCAUCAGAGAAGGCGAGAAAGUUUAAGGAAACAAAUGGCAAGGGACUGAUGCGAUCUAAAUGAAAGCUUUUAUUGGCUACUUACUACACACAGGCGCUCUUCACCUUAACAGCAUUUCAGUGGAACAGUAUUCAGUCCUGUUGAUGGAAAUCUUCUUUUUAGGGCAGCAUUUUCAAUGAAGAGAUUCAGCAAACUUCUGAUUCAUAUUUGCUUUGACAACAAGGAUACUAGACCAAUCAUUUCUGACUUGUGACAUCUUUGCACCCAUAAGAGAUGUAUGAGAAGCAUUCCUGAGUAAUUUGGCAAGGUACUUUAAGAGAACAUCACAGAAGUUGAGCAACUGGUUGGUUUCAGAGUUCGGUGUAGGUUUAUUCAAUAUGUGCCAAGCAAGCCCGACAAAUAUGGAAUAAAAAUCUUCUUAGCCUUCGAAUCAUCUUCAAACUAUCCUCUGAGAGGCUGCCCAUAUCUCAGCAAAGAAAGUGCAAGUGCCUUGCCAGCAAAGAGAAAUGUUGGAAUAUACCCAGGGACUGUAAUUUCUCUCACAAUGGACUUCCAUGGAAGGGGCAUAUUCAGAACAGACUAUUAUUUCAUUCCCCUACAACUUGCAGAACCAAUGGCCAAGAGGGGAUGAUCCUAGUUGGAACAGUGAAACAAAACAAGAUGUUCCUACCCAAGGGGUUAGAGCAAAAGAAAGCUCUGCCCCUCAACAAAUCAGUGUUUUUGUUCAGACUAGAAACAACCUUGUCAAAUACCAGAGCUCGAAGCAGAAAAAUGUAUUGCUCCUGAACACAAUACACAACCGUCCAGCUAUAGAAAGUGAAACUGAAUGGAAGACACCAGAGAUUGUGCUCUAUAACAACAAAAUCAAAGGAGGCAUAUUCGCCAUGGACCAAAUGGCGAAGGUGUUCUCUGUGAAUACAAAAAACUAAAAGUAAAACAUGGCCUUUGGUUGUGUUUUCAACGUUGUUGACUUGUCAUCAAUUGUAGCAAGAGUGGCAUUUAAAUAUAAAUAUCAGACUAAAUCACUGUCUCAUGAAGACAACAGACAUUGUGAGGCAGAGCAUCCCCAGUGUUUUGAAAUCUUUACAAACACUUCAAACAGCUGCCCAAUCCACUUCAACUCAGCAAGUUUAUUGGACAUAUGCAAAGAACAUUCUGUUCUUUUAUGGUAAAUACUGUGCAAGCUGAGCUGCAAACCCCUAUUUUCCAUUUGAACAUGUGACGUUUCUGCUUUGAAAUGAUUUGUCAAGUUGAAUAGAUGCUGGGUGGCUGAGCAGUCUAAACUGUCUCAAACCAAACAGCUGGUGGUCCGGAGUUCAAUCCCACCAAAACCAACAUCCCAAGAACCCCGGGUGGAUGGGACUCAUUAGCCUUGGACGGCAACCCAUCUAAGAGAAGGCAAACUCUGAAUUUAAACCAGGAGCCAGAAUGAUCAACAAAUUGAUCGUGGGCCCCUCAAAUAGAAGAAGAGAUGUGAUUAUUGUUGGUAUCCUGGUACCCAAAUGCAUUCAGAAUAUUUAUUUAUUGUCAAAAUUUAAAAUCUAUUUUAUGGCAUGAAUUACAGACUCAAAUAAUCAACAAACAACAACCAAACAAAAAUGUUCACAAGACAGUUAAGAAGGUUUAUUUCUUCUAUAAAAUUAUGCAUGGUUGUGUUACACCCAGUUGCUGAGAGCUGUAGAAUAAAAUAUUAGGCCCAAAAACAUAAGUCACUUUCGCAUGCUUUAUACAAUUGCAUCCACCAAGGUGUCCAUCCCAACUAGCUUGUGGAUUAGGUCGAGUAUGAGAAAGAAUAUGAAAAGGAAACUCGAGAUAUAUAUCAGCAAUCAAAGUCUGUCUCCUGGUUUAUUAUACCCAGUUGCGGCAGAAAGGGUUCAAAUUUGAAGAGUUUAUGAUAUGGAAAACUGUAUUGUAAUAAAUUCUUCUAAAGUAAAGCUUGAAUAUGCACAUUUUUUAAAAACAAAAUAUAGUAGAAUGGUAAAUGCUGCAAAUUUAUCUGCCAAAAAAUGUGUUGCAGUUUUAAAAUAAAUGCUUUUAAACACUCAUAUGUCAUUUGGAUUAGGUAUAGAAAUAUUUCAAACACAUUUAUUCAUGAACAACUCUCUUGCAAAUUUUGGUAAAGUUAGUAUAUUAAUUUUAAUCUUUCAAUAAUUCUUGAAAGGUUUAACAAUUCUGUGAUAAAAUUAUGUACUUAAAAGAAAAAGAAAUAAAUUCUUAAAAUCUUUAUUAUUAAAGAAAAAAUGUACACAUUGUAAUUGCAUAUUUUCAGAAUCAAAUCAAAGCAAUCCUUCGUAAUCGUGGUGAAUUUGAUGCAAACAGUGACCUACUUGAUGCAAUGUUAAAAAUUGAUGACUUUCCAAGAAAAUUUAUUGCAUUUUGUGUCAAACAUGAUUGUUGUUUGGAUCUUGCUCAAGGAAUAAAACAAGGUGAAGUUCUAUUUUGUAAUCGUUCACACUCUUAAAUUAGGAUUUUUAUAAUUAAAAUGUUAUUGUAGACUAUUUGUACAUAGUGCUAUGAUUUAAUUUUAUUUUGUCAAAAUUAGAAACAAAUUUAGUUUAAUAAUAAAUUAAUUGCUGCUCUCUUGAAGUCUUGAGAACAAAUUUUUAGGCCAACUUCUUUGCUGUCCACAAUGGUCUUGUUAUUAGUAUUUCUCUUCAGUGGUAGUCAUUGAGUAAGAAGCUUUCAAUAGAUUGAAAGUUCAUUACAUAAACUGUCUAAACUAAACGGUCUUGUAGGCAAGACAAUGAAUGCUUUUAUUUUGUAGAUUAGAUAAUAGGCCAACAUAUUUUUAACUCAGCUUUUAAAAAUAUUUUUAGAAGUUUUAAAAAAUAUAGUUAUGAAAAAUGCAACAAUGAGGCAGAAUGAAAUACAACCAUUCUGAAAAAUGUAUUUCAAUGAUGAAUAAUAGAUCUAUAAAUAGGACCUAUUUUGUACUGAUUAAACUGGAACAUUUUAUGUUCAAAGGAACUAGGGGAUCCUCUCUGUUAAUAUCAGUUUUUGAGUAAUAUUCAUUAGUGUUGGAUUGAGAAAUUUUUCUAAAAUUAGGUUUUUAUGAAUGUUAACAAUGUUUAUAAAUUACUAUUUAGAUGCUUAUAACGUAUAAUAAUUGUAUUAAAUUUGAGGAUGAGUUUAUGAUCUCCCCUAUAUAAAGCCCUGAUUUCUUUAUAGAUUAACUUGCAAUUUGUUAAAUAUUCUUCCAGUUUUUCUGUAUCAAUAUUUUAAGAUUGUGAAAAUUAAAAUUAGGAUUUAGUUAUUAAGCAUACCGUCUAUAAUUUAUUCCUACCUUAUUUCUCCAGAACUAAGCAGAAUUGACCAGGAUCAUAGAAGAAUUAAGAGCUCUCAAAGCACGAGCCAAGUUUCAAAUUUACCAAAUGCUGAAGCCGGGACAAGUCUAGAAAAUACUGUAGCUGGAAUGAGUGUACAAAAUGUAUUUGUUUCAAAUAACGAAAAUUAUGAGCAAUCCAUGAGCGUUACACCUUGUCAGAGCCCAGAGAGCAGAAAUCAUCAACAGAAAGAUGAACCCUUACAAAAAUCCUCCAGUUUUGAGGACACAAAUAGCCAAAAUAAUGUUUCAAAAAUAAUGAAUAGAAUUAAAGAGUCGGAUAGCACAAGUCAGAACUUGUAUGAUAAUACAGCAGUGGGAGCGUGUCAGAUAGUUGAUAGAAAUCAUGAUGAAAACACAGAAGGCCUCAACACAUCAUCACCUUACUCCAGCUCUUUCAUGCUAAGUGACUCAGACUUACAAAAUUGUAACAUGAGCUCAUGCCAUGAAAUAACAAACCUCAAACUUAAUAUACAAGAGAAAGAGGAAAAAGAAAGUGGAACAUACGUUCAACCCAGGCAACACAUUCCAUCUAACUUGAGCCAAGUCAGCAUAGAAAACAAUGAAGAGGUUACUCCAGUUUUUGAAGUGAACCGUUUGGGACCAGUUGUUGGCCAGAAUAUCCCAACAUCACCACCAGCCGACUUGUCUGUUAAAAAAAAAUUAACUCUUGAAAAUGUAGAUAAUCAAGCAGUUUCUGUAACACCACCACCAGCUGACAAUGUAUCUGCUGCUCAGUACUCAAGUAUGGAUAAAUCAUCUGUGAUGGUCGCUGUAUCUUCUGAUGAUUGGAAUUAUGUCUCGAUAAAUUGUCACUCAUUAGGGGAACCUAAUAUUCCGGAAACAGAAGAAGAUAUUCAACAUUUCGACAUACUUCGUACUUGCUAUGAGCGUAUACAUAAUUUUAAGGGAGUUCAGUGUCAAGAAGAUUUGCAGAAUCACAAAUUGUUACCCAUCACUGUUAAUUCUAAUGCAGCAUGUACAGAAACAAAUGACGUCAGUUUGGAGAAAUCUGAAGAAUCUUCUAACACUGAGGUGAAAGGGUUUGGUUUUACUCCAGAAAAUAAUUUCACUUACAUGGAACCACCUGACAAACAAAAGAACAAUUCAGAAGUCAAAAAUAACAUUGUCAAUGAAACCCCUGACACUGAAAAUUUUAAUGCUAGAUCGAGAGAUAGUUUCCAAGACAGCAGCGAUGAGUCUUUUGUACAAGGGUUAACCGAGUUAAAAGCUGAUGAUGGAGAUCUUCAGGUAAAAGAAGGUCAUGCUGAUACAGAUCUUCAGCUAAAAGAAGGUCAUGCUGAUACAGAUCUUCAGCUAAAAGAAGGUCAUGCUGAUACAGAUCUUCAGCUAAAAGAAGGCCAUGCUGAUACAGAUCUUCAGCUAAAAGAAGGCCAUGCUGAUACAGAUCUUCAGCUAAAAGAAGGUCAUGAUGAUACAGAAAUUCAGCUAAAAGAAGGCCAUGCUGAUACAGAUCUUCAGCUAAAAGAAGGUAAUGCUGAUACAGAUCAUCAGCUUAAAGAAGGAAAUGCUGAUACAGAUCUUCAGCUAAAAGAAGGUAAUGCUGAUACAGAUCUUCAGCUAAAAGAAGGUAAUGCUGAUACAGAUCUUCAGCUAAAAGAAGGUCAUGCUGAGACAGAUCUUCAGCUAAAAGAAGGUAAUGCUGAGACAGAUCUUCAGCUAAAAGAAGGUAAUCCUGAUGCAUAUCUCAAGCUAAAAGAAGGUGAUCG